AUGAGAGGGCUGAAAACGCUGAUUUUGCCGAUAGUAAAUAUUUCUCUAGUUUUGUGGCUGCUGAGAAAUUUUUCAGAAGAGAGCAGGCUCGCAGAGAUCGAGAACAAAACAUUCGAGACAGAUGACAUUUCCAACUUAGCUGAGCACCUAAGAGAUACGCUCAUUUAUUCUUUGGAGCACUCUUCAUAUGCUGCAGAGCUUGAAAAUCUAUCUGGCGAAGUAGGAGUGGUCUAUUCAGUCGAUGGUCUUAUUCCAGCUGAGUUGGAAACACUGGACAAAGCGAUAGAAAAGUUGGGCAAAAAGGAUUUCGCGCUAGUCGCAGACAACCAUGGCCAAUACGCAGAGUUAAAACUUAGCAGGACAAUACUCUACUCCGUUCCGGAGGAGCUGCUCCUCGCGGAUGAACUCACUCUUAUGGCGAGAGCAGAAACCAAAAACAAAAACUCAACGAGCGACGCCUUUCAUCUGAUGCUAGUAGACUCUCUUCACCCAAAACUCCUUGUAAACAUUAAUCGCCGCAAUUUCGCGCAAGUGCAAAAACUACUGCCAAAGAUAUCAGAAAAAGCUGCAACUUGGACAUUGAGAAAGGACUGGGCGCUCCUUAUUCUCGGUCAAGAUGAUCUCCCGGCGAUUCAAGCUCUCCAUCCUCAAUACUUUAAGAAACUCGCACAUCUAUGUCUCAUGGCGCCGGAAAUCGACCUCAACCAUUUAGCGAUCAGAUUCAUCGAUCUGAAGAUGUGUUCUCAAGAGAGGAAAUUCGUAAGCUUCCGCCAUCCUGAUCCUUACCACUGUGCAAGAAAUAGUGGCUUAGUAAAGUACGAUCUUUAUUGA